UGACAUCUGGGCUGCUGCAGUGCUGAGGCUCGGUUGCCAUGACAAUGUGGGCCAGUUCCCAGACAGGAGAGGGACGGGGAGUCGUGGCCCCAAACCUCUGAGGAGGGGCAGGACUGCCCCACAGUGUCAUUUCUACUGAUUACGGGGGGCAGGGUCUUCUCUGCAGAGUGGCCAGGAAGUGAGGGUGGGGCCUUUCCCUGGCCAUGCUUGGUGGGUCAGGACCCCCAGCGGCCCCCCCUCUGCAUGCUGGCCCCUUGGGGUGAAGGAGUCAGGGAAAGCACUGUGGCCACAGCCCCGCUGGCCUCUUCUUGCCUAAGCUUCUCUGUGGGACAAGGACAUGGGGGGUCCCGGGGAGGGCUUGGCCUCCUGCAGGAGCUUUGUCGGCCCUGGCCCCAGACUGGACCCUCCAGGCUGGUGACCCAGGCACCCCUCCCCCACAACUCCCUUAGCAGAGCCCCCAGGAGACACAGGCCCUUGCUGCUGAGCUGUCCUCAGACCCCAGGGACACAGCGAGGGGACCCAGCCCCGGAUGGGUGGCGGGUGGGGGUGUGGCAGAACAGGCCCCCUGUGUGGUGGAGUCCACAGCUCCCAGCAACGGAGCACGGACUGUACCAGGCACAGUCAUCACCUCACUCCCCAUCCCGUCCCCAGGGUGACCCUGCAGGGAUGACCCAUUUUGCAGAUGGGCUAUGAAGGCUUAGACCAAUGGACUGGCCCCAGGUCACCAGCAGGAGUACCUGUGGCCCCCUGGGUGCCCAGUGCCGUCCAGCAGGGGGGCUGAGUUCCGGGGAGGCUCAGGUGACCCCUCCUGCUCCACGGGCAGCCCCGUCAGGGGGCUGUGCCCAGCCACCAGGAACGCAGCUCGGGCAGGUUUCUGGCCGAUUCAGUCUUUGCUGGGUGCGCACCUGAUGUGAUUACUGGGGCCGGCAUGGCAGACCUGCGGCCGGUGGACGCCCAGAGGCUACGGCCAUGCUGUCUGCCUGCAGACCACCCACCAUGACGACCCUGCUGGAGAUUAAGAGCAGCGUGCUCAGGCAAGUGCAGGUGCGCCCGUCCGUCCGCCGGAGGACCGAGGGAGAGCCAGGGUGCGCCAGUGCUGACCCACAGGAGCCCGCUGCAGGGGCCUGGAAACCCGGGGACGGUGUGGAGUUCUUCGCGCAGAUGCGCCUCAUUCUGAAGAAGGGGGAAGGCAGACAGGGCCUGCCGUGCCCCGAGGUCCUCCUGAGAAGUGGUUCGCCGGCCCCUGCUGAGCCUGUGGACCCCAACCGUGGCCUGAGAGUCCUAACCCCGGAGGAGGUGGAGAUGCUCUAUGAGGAAGCCCUGUACACGGUCGUUUACCGUGCAGGGACCAUGGGCCCUGACCAGGUGGAUGACGAGGAGACCCUACUGGGCUACCUGCAGCAGGUGUUUGGUAUCAGCCCCGAGGAGCACACAGAGGCCAUUGAGCGUGUGAAGAAGGCCAAGGCCCCCACGUACGCCCUGAAAGUCUCUGUCAUGCGUGCCAAGAACCUGCUGGCCAAAGACCCCAACGGCUUCAGCGACCCAUACUGCAUGCUGGGCAUCCUGCCGGCCUCGGGCGCCCCGCAGGAGCCGGGCCCCCACAAGGACCAGCGUUUCAGCUUCCGCAAAGGCAGCAAGCGUGGAGGCCCACUGCCCGCCAAGUGCAUCCAGGUCACCGAGGUCAAGAGCAGCACCCUGAACCCCGUCUGGAAGGAAAACUUCCUCUUUGAGAUCGAGGAUGUCAACACAGACCAGCUACACCUGGACAUCUGGGACCACGAUGAUGACGUGUCCCUGGUGGAAGCCUGCAGGAAGCUGAAUGAAGUCAUCGGCCUGAAGGGCAUGAGCAGGUAUUUCAAACAGAUUGUCAAGUCAGCCCGUGCAAAUGGGACAGCAGGGCCCACGGAGGACCACACCGAUGACUUCCUGGGAUGUCUCAACAUACCCAUCCGGGAGGUGCCGGUGGCUGGGGAAGACCGCUGGUUCAAGCUGGAACCCCGCUCCAGCGCCUCCCGCGUGCAGGGGGACUGCCAGCUGGUCCUCAAGCUGAUCACCACACAGAGGGACACAGGCAUGAGCCAGCGCGGGCGCUCCGGCUUCCUGUCCUACAUGCUGCUGCUCGGUCGUCUGCUGCAGUUCGAGCACCGGUCCCAGCAGACCAACUCGAGCGGCUGGCGCGGAGAGCUCAGCGGGCCCGCGGCCACCGUGCUCUGCCUGCACGGCGCUCAGAGCAACCUGUCUGCGCUGCAGCUGGCGGUGCUACAUUGGCAGGUCAGCAGCCGCCACCAUCAGACCUGCACGCUGGACUAUGGCUACCUACUGGGGCUGCUGGAGGACGUGCAGGCGCACUGGGAGGGGGCAUCCUCCCUGCCCCAAGAGCAGGAGGAGAGCCUGGCUGACAGCCUCUCUGCCUUCUCGGAGUUCGGGCUGCGGCUGCUGCGCCAGCUGCGAGACUACUUCCCAGCCACCAACAGCACAGCCGUCUACCGCCUGGAGCUGCUGCUGAAGUGUCUCAGCAAGAUGCAGCUCUUCCAGCCGUCCUUCGAGAUCUGCCCGUUCGAGACGGAGCUGAACAUGGACAUCGCGGCUGCACUGAAGAGAGGCAACCGUGAGUGGUAUGACAGGCUCCUGAACGCCAAGAGUCCUCGCGAGCAGCCGGGGCCGCAGCGCCUUGCCGGGCUGGUGGAGCUGGCCGACGCCGUCUACGAGGACCUGCAGUCCUGCUAUGGCAUCUACGCCAGCCUCUUCCACAACAUCGUCGAGAUCGACUUCUUCACGCUCACCUUCCGGCAGCUGGAGCGUCUGGUGGCCGAGGAGGCGUGGGUGCUGACGGAGGAGCUGAGCCCCAAGAUGACCCUCGAGGUGGCCUCCGGGCUCUUCGAGCUGUACCUGACCCUGGCAGACAUCCAGCGCUUCUGGAGUAGUAUCCCCGGCCGCGACAGCCGCUCCCUUGCUCUGGCUGGCAUCCACGCCCCCUUCCUGCCCGCCGUGAAGCUCUGGCUGCAGGUGCUGCGGGACCAGGCCAGGUGGAGACUUCAGGGAGCCGUGGACGUGGACACGCUGGAGCCCGUGGACACCUCCUCCAAGCACAGCAGCUCCGCAGCCACCGCUAGUCUCUGCUUCAGUCACAUCCGGGAGCUGUGGGCCCGCCUGGCGUGGCCAGACCCUGCUCAGGCCCAGGCGCUGGGCACCCAGCUCAGCCAGGACCUGUGCGAGGCCACCGUCUUCUACACGGAGCUGCUGCGGAAGAAGGUGGACGCUCAGCCCGGGGCUGCGGGCGAGCCAGUGAGCGAGCCACUCUGUGUGGUCCUCAACAACGUGGAGCUCCUCCGCAAGGCUGCUGGGCAGGCGCUGCGGGGUCUGGCGUGGCCGGAGGCGACCUCGGCGCUUGAGGGGCUGCUCCCGCGGCCUCUGCUCAGCUGUACACAGGCCCUGGAUGAAGACCUGCGGCAGGAGGUCCACACCGUGACAGCGCACCUGACCUCCAAGAUGGUGGCCGACAUCAGGAAGUACGUCCAGCACAUCAGCCUGUCCCCGGACUCCAUCCAGAACGACGAAGCCGUGGCCCCGCUCGUCAAGUACCUGGAUGAGAAGCUGGCUCUGCUGAAUGCCUCGCUGGUGAAGGAGAACCUGAGCAGGGUGCUGGAGGCCCUCUGGGAGCUGCUCCUGCAGGCCAUCCUGCAGGCGCUCAGUGCAAACCUCGACGUCUCCGCGGAUUUCUAUGGUCGCUUUCACUUCACGCUGGAGGCCCUGGUGAAUUUUUUCCACGCGGAGGGUCAGGGUCUGCCCCUGGAGAGCCUGAGGGACGGAAGCUACAAGAGGCUGGAAGAGGAGCUCCGUCUGCACCAGUGCUCCACCCGCGAGUGCAUCGAGCAGUUCUACCUGGACAAGCUCAAGCAGAAGUCCCUGGAGCAGAACCGUUUCGGGCGCCUGAGCGUCCGCUGUCACUACGAGGCAGCAGAGCAGAGGCUGGUGGUGGAGGUGCUGCACGCUGCGGACCUGCCCCCCCUGGACGCCAAUGGCCUGAGCGACCCCUUUGUGAUCGUGGAGCUGGGCCCGCCGCACCUCUUCCCACUAGUCCGCAGCCAGAGAACGCAGGUCAAGAGCCGGACGCUGCACCCCGUGUACGACGAGCUCUUCUGCUUCUCCGUGCCCGCAGAGGCCUGCCGCCGCCGCGGUGCCUGCGUGCUGUUCACGGUUAUGGACCACGACUGGCUGUCCACCAACGACUUCGCGGGGGAGGCGGCCCUUGGCCUGGGCAGCGUCGGUGGCAUAGCGCGGCCCCAGGUGGGAGGGAGCGCGAGGGCCCGGCAGCCUGUCACCUUGCACCUGCGCCGGCCCAGAGCCCAGGUGAAGUCGGCGCUGAGGAUGCUGGAGGGCCGCACCAACAAGGAGGCGCAAGAGUUCGUCAAGAGACUCAAGGAACUGGAGAAGUGCAUGGAAGCCGACCCCUGAGCCCCUCCCCUGCCCAGGCCUGACCCAAGUCCCCGCGCCACUGCCCUCACCCUGCCCCGCAGUCAGCUUUGUGCAGCCAGGGGCUCACUCCCUGCACCCCACCGUGCCGCGUGCAUGUUGCAGCCAGCCCUCCAGCUCCUUCCUGCCCUGGCGUGUCUGUGUGGUGUGUACUGUGAACCCCGUGCGUCCAAUGGGCACCCCCCAUCCCAGGUCUGGGGGGCUCACUCGGUGGGGCUUGGCCAGCAGCUGUCCCCCUGGAUGUGGAGUAGAGCAGGCCUGGCCACCAGGUGAACUUCCCCAUCUGCUCCCUCGGCUUCCCCGGCCCCAGGGCAGGCGGGGACCAGUCUCAGAGCGGGGUUCUCAGGGUGGCUUUGCCCCCCAGGAGAUGUUAGGCCGUGCCUGGAGGCACUGCUGGUGGUCACAGCUAUAGGCUGACGGAGGCGUCACUGGCACCAGUGGUGAGCCCAGGGCUGCUCCCCCAGCAGACAGUGGGCCGCUCCCAGAUGUUACUGGUGCCACAGCAAAGAGCCCAUCUUAGACGAAGCCCUGGCUUCUCUUUCUGGGGCAGGGAGUGUGGCAGGGCCUUGCUGGGCCAAGAGGCAGGAAAGCUCGGGUUUGAGUCUGGACCACACAAGCUGAUGGGAAACAGCUCCCAGGAGCCCUGGCGGAGGGGAAGGUGGGCAACCAGAACCCUUCACCCCGAGGGUGUACGGACAGUUCUUUCCUAAGAACUGCAGAGGUCUCCACUCCCCACCUGGCUCUGAGGCCUGGGAGAGGGUCCCCUGGCGUCAGUGAGGCUGAUCAUUCAGUGUAAGGAGCUCUGUGCCGGCCACACAGCUGUCCGGCGUAUUCUCCUUCUUCGUCCACAUGUAUCUGC